AUGGACCUCAUAUAUAAAUGUAUGUGCUAAUACAAGUUCUUCACUAAUUCUCUUAUUCUCCCAUUCUUUGGUAUAUCAAACUAAUAAGAAUGAUGAUUUCAAUCUUAGUUUUUUGUUUGUUUGUCUCAAGAUUUAGUGGAAUUUAUGGGUUAAGCAUGAAUUAUUAUGGAAUGCGGUGCCCAAUGGUGGAAAUGUUGGUGAGGAAUACAGUCAAUAGAGCUUUAGAUUCGGAUCCAUCUCUGGCAGCUGGUCUUCUCAGAAUGCAUUUCCAUGACUGCUUUGUAGAGGGUUGUGAUGGAUCGGUUCUGCUUGAUUCAACAAAAGAUAACACAGGUGAAAAAGACUCUCCUGCGAAUUUGAGCCUACGUGGUUAUGAAAUCAUUGACGCUGCCAAGGAUCUAAUCGAAGACCAGUGCCCAGGAAUUGUUUCAUGUGCUGAUAUUGUUGCAAUGGCUGCUCGAGAUGCAGUCCUCUGGGCUGGGGGUCCUUUGUAUGACAUACCAAAAGGAAGGAAAGAUGGAAGAAGAUCAAAGAUAGAAGACACAAGAAACCUCCCUUCCCCUUUCUUCAAUAGCUCAGAGCUCAUUAGCAUUUUCUCUCGGCAUGGAUUUAGUGUUCAGGACAUGGUUUCUCUGUCAGGUGCACAUACACUGGGUGUAGCGCGAUGCUCUUCAUUCAAGAAUCGUUUACAAAAAUUCGAUUCUUCUCAUGAAGUAGAUCCUACUCUUGAUUCAACUUUUGCAAGUACGUUGUCAAAAACUUGUACCGCAGGUGAUAAUGCAGAGGUACCUUUUGACCAAACAAGAAACUCUUUCGACAACUCUUAUUUCAAUGGGCUAAGAAGGUCAGCUGGUGUUUUAAGCUCCGACCAAACCUUGUACUCAAGUCCCCGAACAAGAGGUCUUGUAAAUGCUUAUGCCAUGAACACUGCUAGGUUUUUCUUCGAUUUCCAGCAAGCCAUGUUGAAGAUGGGGCUUAUUGAUGUCAAAGAAGGUAACCAAGGAGAAGUGCGUCAGAAUUGUCGAGUGAUUAACUAAUGAUGAUGCGUAGAAGAUUGUUUUACCAAGCAAGAGAAUGAAAUGCAAUGUUUUCGAUCACGAGCUUAUUUAUAAUCUCUCUAUUGCUUGUGCAUCGGAUGCAAAAUAUAUGUUUUUGAGAAAAUUCUACCAUAGUGAUGAAGAAUAAGUAAUCAUUACUCAUGAAAGAACCAUUGUUUGUCAUGUUAUGACUUCAAAUAAGAAAAGAUACGACUAACAAUGUGAUUUUAGCGGGUUUAUCAAGAGUUAGUAUACCGUAAACUAUGAAAAUGAGGCAGUUUUUUUAUU